AUGGCUGUAUCAACGUUAAACAUGACACCGUACUUUACAGGAUAUUCAUUCCAAGGCCAAGGUCGAAUGAACCAAUUGGGUGGAGUUUUCAUCAACGGUCGUCCCUUGCCGAAUCAUAUCAGGCUGAAGAUCGUGGAGAUGGCGGCGGCGGGCGUGCGGCCUUGCGUCAUCUCGCGGCAGCUCCGCGUCUCGCAUGGAUGCGUUUCGAAAAUUCUCAAUAGAUAUCAGGAAACUGGAUCAAUUCGUCCUGGUGUGAUUGGUGGAUCAAAACCGAGGGUAGCAACGCCUGAAGUUGAGAACAGGAUCGAAGAGCUCAAGAGACAAAACCCAGGUAUAUUUUCCUGGGAAAUUAGAGAUAAAUUAAUUAAAGAAGGCAUUUGUGAUAAAAACACUGCCCCAUCGGUCAGUUCCAUUUCACGACUUAUAAGAGGCGGCAAAAGGGAUGAAUCAGACCCUAGAAGAAACCACAGUAUUGAUGGUAUUCUAGGUCCCUCAUCAUGUGAAGAUUCAGAUACAGAAUCGGAGCCCGGAAUCACACUAAAAAGGAAGCAGAGAAGAUCUCGUACUACUUUUUCCGGAGACCAACUAGAAGCCUUAGAGCGUGCUUUCACCAGAACUCAAUACCCCGAUGUUUACACUAGAGAGGAAUUAGCGCAGAAGACUAAAUUGACAGAAGCUAGGGUUCAGGUCUGGUUUUCAAAUCGACGAGCCCGUCUGCGGAAGCAAUUGAAUUCCCAACAACUAAGUGCUUUCAACACUAUGUCGUUACAAUCUGCUUUCCCAUCUGUUCAUCAACAAUAUGAGCCAUCACCUACCUUUAACGCUCAGUGUUCAUCAUGGCAGCAAUCAUACUCUUCUGCAUUAAGCUCAAGUUCAGUUCUCAAUUCUGCUCUAGCGCCUUCUCUCCAUCAAUCAACUUUGGCCCCUUCUGUAUGUCAGUCAGCACUUGCGGCAUCUUCUUUGCAUCCUCCUACAUCAACCUCAUUUCCUUCGGGGAACUUGACUCCUUUAUCUCACUCGUCUGAGCUACCUUUGCAAGCGCCAUCGGAUACUCCUCCUAGUACGAGCCCUGCGGUUGCAAGUCCAUCAGCAAACCAAAGCAGCGGGAUCAGCUACCAACAUCCAACUUAUGCUAAUGGAACGGAGGCUGUGUCACACACAUAUGGUUAUGGUGACUAUGCAAAGCAAGAGCAUAUCGCAGCCCACAACCAUUGGGCAUCAAGACAACUCAGUAGCCAUCAUACAAAUAAGUUAGCAGAAGUAAGCGCAUGGCCAGAAAAUUAUAGUUCCUUUUUCGGCACUAACGCAACUCAUUACGCCUCACACGCCCAUUCUCCCAGUGAGGCGAAAUCGGGUUAUCCUUAUAUUGGACAACUUGGUGGAAUGGAUAUGGGUAGAGUUCAUUGA